AUCAAAUCACUAGUGUGAUCACUAUGAAGUUUUCAGGUUGCAUAUUUUUCUCACUUCUUUUGUUUCAACUAAAAUUUGCUUUUGGAAAACAAGCAAAGAAACACAAACAUGCUCUUAUUACUAUACUUGUGGAUGGGUUCAGAAACGAUUAUUUGGAAUUGGCCAGAAAGAAUGGAAUAAGGCUAAGAGAUCUUAAAGGUUUUAAACAUAUAUUGAAAAAUGGAGUAGAGACAGAUUAUCUUCAACCAGUUUACCCAACAAACUCAAUUCCAAAUCACUACAGCCUUAUGACAGGUCUCUAUAGUGAGUCACAUGGUAUGGUUGAGAAUUGGAUGUUUGACCCAAUAUAUGGGACGACCUUUCUCCUAGCAGCUAACCCUGAAUCUAAAGAACCUUACUGGUGGGAGGGGGGAGACCCCCUAUGGAUCACAGCUCAAAGACAAGGAAAAAGAUCAGCUUUAUAUUACUGGUUUGGGUGUGAUGUUGAGAUCCAUGGUCUGAGACCUGAGCACUGUACUCCUAACACUGUACCAAGUCAUGAGGAGAUGAAAGAUAGCAUCAUUGAAGCAGUUGAGCAGAUAAAAGAUGGUGUGGAUCAUGCAGGAAUAUAUGUAGAAACAUUGGAUAUUACUGGACAUAAAUAUGGCUUAAAUCAUACAAAGAUCAUAGAGGGGAUACAACAGGUGGAUGAACUUCUCGUGCUGCUCUUUAAGCAAUUGAAAGAGCACAAGCUACACAAAACAACUGACAUCAUGAUAUUCUCUGAUCAUGGCUUUACACAGGUAUAUCCUCAUGGUGAUAAUAAGAAGGUGGUCUCCAUUGAGCUGGAUAAUGACCUUAUAUUUCUAAUGGUUCCUGGAUUUAUGACAUCAGUUCUACCUAAAAUGGAACACGCAAUGGAGGUUUAUCAAAUUCUACAAGAGGCCAGGAAUAAGCAAGGUCAUUUUGACAUUUACUGGAAGGAAGAGAUACCUGAGAGAUGGCACUAUCAGAACCACUACAGAAUUGCACCAUUGAUUGUCCAGGCCCAUAGUGGAUGGAUUAUUGAGUGGCUUAACCAACUGCAACUUCAAGGUAACGCACGUGACUACCUAGGGACGCAUGGUUAUGUUCCAGAGAGUGUGGAAAUGAGAGGCAUGUUCUAUGCUGAAGGCCCAAGUUUUAAGAGGAGGUUUAAGCAUGGACCUGUGAGUGCAGUAGAUCUCUACCAACUUAUGUGUCAUGUACUGGAGCUACAACCAUCACCACACAAUG